CCCCCUUCCUUCCUCCACCAUCAAAUCAACGUGAAUUAUUCCUCUAGCUUUCACAAUCGUUUAUGGAAUUUAACCAUUUCUACUACCAUAUUCAAAUGGAGAAAUCAUCAUCAUCAGCUAGCAAAAAUAACCAAAAUUCUUUCUUUUUCUUUGCCUUUUUUCCUUUUAUUGUUUCAUUAUUUGAAAGAUUUUUCACUUUGGUUCAAGGAGUCGACAAUUUUUUUUCAUCGUUCUUCUGGUCUUUUUUAUCGUUCUUCUGGUCUUUUUUCUUGUUACAUCUCCAUUUUUCCAAUAUUGAAAAUUGCAGUGAUCUCAAGAAUCCAGAUUUUGUUGAUUCCAGUGUUUCUUGUGUCCAGAAGAAGCAAGAUCAUGAUGAUGGAAGCCUCCUAAGAGAGGAAGUUGAGAUGGUGAUGGAAGAACUGACACUUUUUUGCGGCCCUGGAGGCGAGGAGCUCCCGGAAAAAAUCGGUUCCAGGGAGGUUUCGGGGCUGUUUGAGGAGAAGGAACCGAGCUUGGAGGAAGUGAAGGAAGCGUUUGAUGUUUAUGAUCAAAACAAAGAUGGGUUCAUUGAUGCGAGGGAGUUGCAGAGAGUUCUUCGUGUUUUGGGAUUUAAAGAAGGAUUUGAGUUGGAGAAUUGCAGGAAAAUGAUCGGAAAAUUUGAUGAAAAUGGAGACGGGAUGAUUGAUUUUAGAGAAUUUGUAAAGUUUAUGGAGAAUAGUUUUGUUGAAUUGUAAUUUGUUUGCAGAAAAUAGAUGCAAUCAAAACUUAAUAUUCAACGCACAAUUUUUUUUUUUUUUUUUUUUUAUUAGUUUCGGCUUUUUCUUGAUGAAUUUCUAUGCAAACAUUAUACCGAUAAUUAAAUUGUAAUUUCUAUUAUA